CCAAAUCCUGCUUCUGAAGUAGCAACACACUUGUGCUGUUUACAGUCUUAAAAUGAAACUGUGUGAGGGAAUUCUAAACAUCCUUGAAAAAGACACAAAAACUUCAUGUCAAGUUGCCUGUUUGGAGGCCCUCCGUAUUCUCUCCAGGGACAAGAAGGUUUUAGUGCCUGUAACCACGAAGAGGAACAUGCAGAUACUUAUGAGGCUAGCAAAGCUGGACACUGUGGAAGAUCCUUUGGAGAGAAUGUCUGAAUUUCCCGUUAUAGUAGAAGCUUUAAAAUGCCUCUGUAACAUAAUUUUUAAUAGUGCUGUUGCACAGAAGCUCAGUUUGGAACUGAAUCUUGCAGCUAUGCUCUGCAAUCUCCUGGAAAAAUGCAAGGACCAACAGUUUGAUGAUGACAUUAAAUGCUUUGAUUUGCGACUCCUCUUCCUCUUGUCGCUUCUGCACACAGAUAUUAGAUCGCAGUUACGCCAGGAACUACAAGGGGUGCAAGUUUUGACUCAGGCUUUGGAAAGUUCCCUGAGUGUAAGAUGGGUAGAAGAGUAUAAAACAGCAGAAGAUCGUGACAGGCCUCUGUCUUUGCAAGAGACAGAUUGUGCCAUUGAGGCCCUAAAGGCUCUUUUUAAUGUAACACUUGACAGUUGGAAUGUCCACAGCGAGAAUGAAUCUCAUCAAUUUCGUUACAUGGCUGCCAUCCUUCGACACUGCUUAUUAUCCACGGGCCCUACUGAAGACAAAACUGAAGAGUUGCACAGCAAUGCAAUCAACCUCUUAAGCAAUGUUCCCGUUUCUUGCUUGGAUGUUCUUAUUAGUCCAUCAUCCCAAGUGGAAACAGAUAUAAAAUACAAUGGCAUGAAUAUGGGAGCGAUUCAGAUUUUACUGGAUUUCAUGGAGAAGAGAAUAGACAAGGGAAGUAGCUACAGAGAAGGUCUGACUCCAGUUCUCAGUUUAUUAACUGAAUGCUGCCGAACUCAUAGGAAUAUUAGAAAGUUUAUCAAAGCUCAGGUAUUGCCUCCAUUAAGAGAUGUAUCAAACCGUCCAGAAGUUGGCACAACAGUGAGAAACAAGCUUGUGCGUCUUAUGACACAUGUUGACCUUGGAGUAAAGCAAAUUGCAGCAGAAUUUCUUUUUGUUCUUUGUAAAGAGAGAGUUGACAGCUUGUUAAAAUAUACAGGCUAUGGCAAUGCAGCAGGAUUGCUGGCAGCAAGGGGCCUGUUAGCAGGAGGAAGAGGAGAUCAUUGGUACUCGGAUGAUGAAGAUACAGAUACAGAAGAAUACAAAUCUGCAAAGCCAAACAUUAACCUUAUCACUGGUCACUUAGAAGAACCAAUGCCCAAUCCAAUGGAUGAAAUGACAGAAGAACAAAAAGAAUACGAAGCUAUGAAGCUUGUCAACAUGUUUGAUAAACUUUCCAGAGAUGAGCUUAUAAAACCAAUGGGACUGCGUCCGGAUGGUACAAUGGCUCCUUUGGAAGAGGCAGUCAGCCAGUACCAUACCAACAAGCAAGACAGUUCAGAUUCAGACUAAAGCAUCACCUGCUUCACUCUCAAUUCUCCUCUAAUCCACACUUUUCCUUAGAGCAAAAACAUCUUUUAUCUAGGCAUUUUAUCCUCCCAUUAGCCAGCAUCACUUUAACUGUUCUAUUAUUGGGAUAUUUAAAUGAUAGGUCCUGUGGUGUAAUGUCUGAAUUUUUAUUACGUCUGUCUAAAGAACAUACCAAUUUAUUAGUUUAUGAUCUUUAUUAAUUUAAAACUAAAUGUAUUUCAAAGGGAUAAAAAGUGAAAGCCUACAGUGUAAAAUAAAAUACAAACGUUUUAGUUUUCCAGAAUCCUGUUUUCUGAAAUCAGUAGGUUUUCCCAUUCUUGAUAAUUUUUUUGUAUUGUCUUACCAGUCUCUCCCUUUAUAUAAUUGUAAUUAAAUAAGCACAUUUGCUUAAUAGAAUUAGGAGCAGAGGGUGUUUAAAUUGAGAAAUCUGACUGACCUUGUGAAGCUGCUUUAAGUGGCAUUCAGCAGUGAUUUCAGAGCUACCAUUUUUUAAAAUGUCAUUGGAUUUCUUACUGCUACACACUUCUGUGGUUAAGCUGCUGCUUAAGAUUUUACCAAUGUGUCAGUCACUGACUGCUGCUAAAAUUACCUCUAAAUUGGGAACAAGAUGAUUUAUAUUGUAUGUCCUCCCUCCCUUCCCUGUUAAGACCACACAAAUAUCCCCCACCUCAAUCUUUGGUUAAGUAAAAACGCCCCUAUUCAAAACAGCAUUCAAGUGUAUACACUUAAAUGUAGCUGUGAAUGGGAGUGGACUAAAGU